AAUAUUUCGAUAAUCAACAACAAAAUUAUUUUCAGAUUCUGUAUCUGACCUGAUGUUUUUAGGUUAAACUGUUCGGUAAAAUUGUUUUCGAACUUUUUUUUCCGAAGGUAUCCAUUCUUUGUCUCAAAUAUUCGUUCGUUUCGAAUUAGGAUGUCUGCACGAUGGGAUUCGAUAUGGCUCGGGGUCGGCGAUGAUGGGCUCGCGCCGAUGCGAGUACUGCUACUGCAUAUCCGGCUCGAGGAGAUGCGUCCGACCCAAGUGCCUGCUGCCUCUGCCGGGAUGCACCCCUCUGUACGCACCCCACUCCUGCUGCCCGGUCGCCUAUAACUGCACCCACCACCAUUCGUCCACAAUGGCGCCGGUAUCGGGAAACGGAUGUCGCGUGGGCGAGCGCACUUACAUCGAGGGCGAGAUGGUCCGCGACAUCGAGUGGAAGGCCGCAUGCGACAAUUGUUUCUGCGCGAUGGGCGCCAUACGGUGCGUCCCGCUCGCGUGCGCCCCCCCUCUUCAAGGCUGCAGCCCGAUCGUGCGAGAAGGACAAUGCUGCCCGUCCACCUACAACUGCAGCGGCAGCAUCGAGGUAAAGGCCACUCAAAACUACGCAUCCUACGCCUUCAUCAGCAAGGACUACGCUAAGUUCCGCAAGGAGACCAACUUUUUCCCCGCGAUUGAUCAAUCUACGAAUCCGUCCGUCGAAGGACGAGGUCACAGAGUGGUCGAGGAACGGAUUAGCACCAGCACGAUCGAUUUCGAGGAGGACUCAUCUGUCGCCACCUACUCGACGGCCUGGCCCUCGACUAUGGAGACCGACGUCAUGGACAAUGAAAUCUUGAUAGGAACGGUAGACUAUAAAUCGACCUUGGAAGUGACGACCGCCGCGACUCUGGCGAAUGAGUUAUUAUUGAGCAACGCUGAAUCGACAGCAUCGUUCGAAUCGACCCCGGCGUCCACCGAAGAUGCCGAUUCCAUUACCGAUUCCUGCAUAACGUGUUCAACAAAUGCGUACACGGACGCCAUAGUCAUGACGACAGAGGAUCCAUCUAGCACGGACGGCUCGACGAUCUCGUUGCCGGAAUGGACAACGGCGCUUCCCGAAUUAACGCUCGAUAAUGGAAACGAUGAAAACGAGGAUGCCGACGGCGAGAAGGAAAGAAACGCGAGCGAGAACGAGGAGCAAAACGAAGACGUGGCCCUUGAGGGAGGGGGGACGACGACGGGGGGGAAAACGGAUGGAAUUGAGAAAAACAAAGCUACAAUGCAUCCUUUCGCAGUUUCCACGAGUGCCGGGGAAACGCUUACUCCCGACGAGAAAGUCUUGUCCGAGAGCUCUACACUCAUUAUUAAGAGAAUGGAGACCAUCGGUAAGAGACCCGUCACCAGUCCAUCGUCGACGAUACUCAUGCCGGACGACAUCCUCGUGAUGAACGUGACAGUCAAGACGAAUGUCUCGGUGGGCCAUAUACACGGUGUCACGAUAAAUCCAAUUAAGUCCAUUCCGCCUGACAUCGAGGCCAUCCUGAACAUCACUCAUCGAGAAAAAAGCGAGGAUUAUGACUACGACUACGGCGAACGACUACUUCUACCGCCGUCGCUGCCGAAUGUUAGGAUAAUACCCUUUGUGGCAGCGGACGCACUGGUGAAGGAUAAGGACGUACCCUCAUCUGAAACUGGAUAUUCUUCUGGUUCGGUUGUAGUGCCUUCUGAACUACGACCGACCGCUGCUUCCGGUUUUUAUGACAUUGCAACCCAGGAAAACCGAUUUAGCCCACCCGUAGAGACCGAAGGUGGUUUUGUACCUAGAGAGCCGCCAUAUUUCGAUGUUCCUUACCGCUCCACGGAUUUAAAUCUUGAGAUUGGCACUGGAGUUACCGUAAUUCCACAAAUUACAAAUCCACAUCGAAAAAUAACGGCAAAUUUAUCGAAUAAGUGCCAUUUUGAAAGUGUGGAAUACCAUCACGGUGAGAUCUUACCACGUGCCGCUCUGUGCAUAAUUUGCAUGUGUUAUUACGGAGAGGUCGUCUGCUCCUCGGAGAAGUGUCCGCCAUUGAAAAUUGGUUGUCGCAGAAUCAAUUCCGAGGAAAAGUGUUGCGGAAAAAUCGUUUGUGUCCAGACCGAUGAAUCGCCAACGGUGGUGCUCGACCGUGCCGACGCCACGGCACCGUCUCAACGACAACCCACAGUGUCCCCCGAUCCGUUUCGUGACGUCAUCAAGACCGAGCCAGCUCCCGACUUACCUUCCCUGAUCGAGGACAUGAUCCCGUAUCUGGUAGAACGUGGUAUCACAACGCCCAGGACGCCGACGACGUCUAUGAUGGGCUCGAAGACUUCGGCCCAAGGCUCGAUGGGCAAUCAGUUGCAACACUCGUCCAAUUUCGACUUCAUGGAACAGGUGCCACUGAUACAGCCGCCCUUCGAUUACGGAGAAGAAACGAUCGAUUCCUCUUUCCUUUCGAGGGUGAAUUACGGAGCGAGCCAUGACGUGUCUUCGACGGAUACCGUUUCGUUAACGUACGAUCCGAAAAAUCAGAUUCCCCUGGAUGGCCCUUCUUCCGAAAAUCUCGAGGGUGUCUUCAAUUACGACGGAGCAACGUUGACCGAGUUGAACGGCACGAUCGACAGUUCGAAGUACGACUUCUAUGCUACGGGGCAGAAGUUCGCGAAGGGAAACGUAUCCGAGAGCGACGAUCUCGACAGAAACUCCACCGGCGAGGAGGAGGACAAUCGUACGACGAGGUACGACAAUCGCACCGAGUCGGAUAAUUUCCCAAGCGAAGACGGAAAGACCACCGAGGAAGCCGCCGAAGGUGUCACCAUCUUUUCCUUGGACAAUGUCCUUAAGCUGCUAUUUUCCUCGAAUACCAGUUCCAGCAACAAGCUGACCGAAACCACAAGGACGCCGAAUGUUUCCUCCGUUGAUGGUGUACGAGGGGAUCAGGAGACUCUUGUCUUUGUCGUUUCAUCGACGAGUACGGAAAGGUUAACCGAGGAGACGGAAACUGUCGAAACGUCCUCGAAGGUCCUCGACAACGAGAUACCAAUGUCCGUGGGCAGUUUGCUGAAGCUGGCGGGCUGCAAUAUAUACGGGCGAAUGUAUCGCGUCGGUAGAAUUAUCGCGGAGCUCUCGAGUCCUUGUGAAGAAUGCAGAUGUACGGAAAUUGGUGUCCGGUGCAAACAGUUGGAAUGUUAAAUCGGACACGGAUUCAAGGUCAUCGUAAGAAAAGAAAUGAGGCGUCCCGCCUCAAAUCAAACGUCCCCCCAUGAAAACUGUCCUGAAAAGAUUGAAAGUGCAUACACGUUGCGUGAAAUAUUUUCAAGAAAGAAGUUGCUCACUGAUUUGGCAAUAUUUACUUAAUAUAUUAUAGAUAGUAUUUUUUAACUUCUCGUUUUAUCUUGCAUUUUACAAUAACGAAAACUUUUAAAUGUUUUCAAGAUUUAAGUAGUAUUGGAGAUUUUGGAUGUGUGCAAGAGAGAAAGAAGUGGAACCUCUAUAUAAAAUUACUAAAAUAAAGAAGUGAGACAUUUAGAUUAGAAUAAUCGGAUUUUACUUGGAAGAAUUUUGAAGUUUAACAAAUUUUCAAGUUCUUUUACCAUCGUGAAUCUUGUCGAAUUAAAGGGCAAUCACUGUUCUUAGUGAAAUAGCGAUCACUCCCAUAUUUAUCCUCUUAUCUUUUAAAUUUCAUAGAAAAUCAAUCUGUAAAAAUGCCUUAUUAUCUAUUUAGCUGCCAUUUUGGAUGUGUUUAUUACGAUAACAUAAUUCAGUAUAUAUUAUCGGUAUAUAUAUGUAGUUAGAUGCUGUCUGAAACUACGAAUCUCUGGAACUAUCAAGACAGCCCGUUGUUAUACCUUGGCUCCGCCAAGAUGUCUUGGCAGAGCGAUGGAUCUUCGACUAAAACUUCAGACAACUUGGACCACGUAAUUAUCCAAGCAGAACCGAUAGACUCGGUCUCGAUGACCCCCUCGAUAACGAAACACCGACGUUCGUGGUCAGAUUACUCUAACUGGAUGUAAUAUCCGCUGGCUGUAAUAUCGCGUCGGUAGCAUCAUUACGGAGUGUCUUCGUAACCUCCGUAGUUCUCGUCGUAAAUGCAGCCCGCAUCACGAAGCGGAUUUACUUAAAUUAACAAAACUUGAGCGUUGAAUAUUUUAAUUGUUCGGGAAUUUCAUUAAUUUUCUUUAAAUACUUUACUGGCUUCUUGAACUCGUAGAACGUAACGUAUAGUUGGAGAAUAUCGAAUAUUCCAGAAAAAAAGAUAAAGAGACCUUAAUGAUUUUCAGUUUUUCAGGACGGAAAGAAAAGAAAGCGCACAAAA